AUUCAGCGUCACUUACGGUUGAAUGGCGCGACCACAACGAUUACCAACAUGUCCAAAAUCAAAACGUUGAUUUGGCCUAAAGUUAUUUUAUUCGGCGACUCCAUCACACAGUUUUCUUUCCAGGUCAAUGGAUGGGGUUCAGGCAUCGCGGACAAAUUAACAAGAAAGUGUGAUGUUGUGAACAGAGGGCUGUCUGGCUACAACUCCAGAUGGGCCAGGGUAGUUCUUCCAAGGAUCUUAAACAGUGAGGGGUCAGCAGACAACAUAGCAGCUGUCACUGUCUUUUUUGGAGCUAACGACUCUGCUCUGGAAGAUAAAAACCCUCAGCAACACGUUCCUCUGCAUGAGUACUCUGACAACCUGAAAGACAUGAGCAGGUUCCUUGCCACAGUGGGGGUCCCUGCAGGGAAAGUCAUCUUCAUCACCCCUCCUCCUGUUAAUGAAACUGCAUGGGAAAAAGAGUGCACCCUUAAAGGUUGUCCCCUCAAUCGUCUCAACUCGAUGGCCGGGCAAUACGCUCAGGCUUGUGUCCAAGCAGCUGCUCAGUGUGGUGCUGAUGUCUUGGACUUGUGGACGCUCAUGCAGAAAGAUGGACAGGACUUCACAGUUUACCUGUCAGAUGGCCUCCAUCUCUCCGAGAAGGGCAACCAGUUUGUGAUGCGGCACCUUUGGCAGCUGCUGGAGAGCAGAGUGGCUCAUCUACCUUUUAUCCUUCCCUACUGGGGCGAUGUGGAAGCUGGGAACCCGGAGAUCAGCCUGCAGCAGUGAAAAAAAAAAGGGACAACAUUUAAUCGAUACAUUUUAAGGAUUCUCAAUGUGGAGCACAAUGCACUGACCGGCCUUCAUGCUGCAACAAUGUUACAAAUGACGGUGCACAAUAAAAUGUUUUUAAUAUUUGCGUAAGCAAUGCAA